AUGUCAAAAGAAAGAAUUACAAACAAAAUACAAAUAAUCCAUUUUUUUAUAUUUCUCUAUCUUUGCAGAAUUGUCUCCGCCAUACAGGCUUCUUUUUCAUUCCUCGUUGGUUUGAUUGUUUGCAAAUCAACAUGCAGUAAAACAUUCGUUUAUGCUUCCCACUGCCUAAUGGAGGGCUAUGGUUGGUUUGGUACCGCUUACUUUAUGUAUGACAUCUGGUCCAUGUAUCAGGUGCAUACGCAAAAGAUUGCCGAUAAAUUAAAGUUAAUGAAAUUAACAUCGUCCGCUUCGUUUACACCCAAACCUUUAAAUGGACAAAGUAGUAAUGGUGGUCUUUAUGAUAAACAUAUUGCCAGUACUUUUAAUGCAAAGGGUCAGCGUUUAGUGGCAUUGGAAGAUGAUUUUGCUAAUGACACCAGUGAAGAUAUGCAACAUAUGAGACAUCAUGAAGAUGAAAUCUAUGAUUAUGAUGGUGAAACUGUACAAAUACCACAAAAUGGUAAAUGGGGUUUUCUUAAGUAUGUCUUUACACAUCCAGUCAUGAUGAUACAUCACAUUUUUGUCGGUACUGUAGGAUUUUUGGUGGUUACUUAUAUACGCGGCGGUGGUCAUUGCAUUUAUAGCUAUAUGUUUAUGAUGGAAUUUUCUACUCCGUUCGUUUCGUUGCGUAGUAUUUUAAGCACUUUAGGCAUGAAAGAAUCCCAACCUUAUAUUGUUAAUGGUUUAGUUAUGUUGGGCUCAUUCUUUGUGUGUCGUGUUUUAAUGUGGCCUUAUGUUAUGUGGCGUUAUAGUUUGGAAAUAAAUGCCACUAUAUGGCAGGCUAUAUCGGGUCUACCCAUCGGUUGUAUUAUUGGCAUUUUAAUAUUAUUUUUACCACAAAUCUAUUGGUUCUUUUUACUGAUUAAAGGAGCUAUUAAGGUCUUUUUCCCGCCCUCCAAAACAACGAAAAAAUCUCUAGCUGAGGAGCAAGUCUCUAAAAACACUACAAAUGGCAGUUUAAAGUCCAACAAUUGGAACUCCUUAACAAAUGGCUCUUUAAAAGUAAACACAACAGCAACAACAACAAAUGGAAAUGGCGCUUUACCGUCUUUAGUAAACAAAGCUAAACCCUCCUAAAUGUAUAAACUAAUUAAAUUAAAUAACUGUUUUGAAACAAAAAAAA